UCAUUCUUUAGACAUAAAAAAGAAAAUCAAAAUGGCACAAACGCACUUCCUACUUCUUCUCUUUGUUACUAUCAUCUCCUUCACUACAACACAAUCUCAAGAAAGAUCACCUCAUGGCCUUGUUUACGAGAACCCAAUGGCAUUCUCACCAUCUGCCUACAAUUUCUUCCACCCAAAAGCAAACCCACCAACGAUUCAAAACCCAUGUGAUGAAACCAGUUGUGCACCAUUGCCCAUGGCUGCAACUGUUCAAUCGAGCUUAGCACAAGAAAGUGCAUCAAGAAAUGUGAAAAGUGGAAGCAAAAUUGGUGCUGGAGGUGUUGCUGCUUUGAUAUUUGGGUUUAUAUUUAUGGUUCUUGUAGCUAUGGGUGCUUAUUUUGUGGUUACAAACCGUAGAACCAAAAUGGGUCGAAACAAUAUGGUUUUACCAUCGGUUUGAUGUGGCGUUUAAUUUAUUAGAUUCUUCUCUUUUAGUUUACUUUUGAAAUUUGGAGUACGAGAAUAUGAGAUGUAACAUUCUUAUUGGUAAUUAAUGCAUGUGAUUUUGUAUUACAAUA